AGUAUCCUGCUGCUUGUCGUAAUCGUAAGUUUAGCCAGCUGUCAGUUUGUGCCCCUACCGACACAUUUAUGUUUUCCGUCAGCAUUCACCGGUUAGGGAGCAUACAGUAAAGACUUCGUUUGUCACAAUGCCCAAAGGAGGUAAGAAAGGUGGCCACAAGGGUCGGAUGCGGACGUACACCAGCCCCGAGGAGAUAGAUGCUCAGAUGAAGGCAGAAAAGGAGAGGAAAAAGCAAGAGCAGGAAGAAGAAGAGCAGGCUGAAGGUGCAGCGCAGAAUGACACAACAGAGGAGAAGCUACCGGCUUCUGGAUCAGAUGACAGCGAUGAUGAAAAUUCCCAGAGGAGGAGAGCCGGUGUCGAGGGUUUGAUAGAAAUCGAGAACCCCAACAGAGUGGCGCAGAAGUCAAAGAAAGUGACGCAGAUUGAGCUGGAGGAGCCCCGGCAAUUGUCAAGGAGAGAGAGAGAAGAGAUCGAGAAGCAGAAGGCCAAGGAACGCUACAUGAAGAUGCACCUGGCCGGAAAGACAGACCAGGCGAAGGCCGACCUCGCUCGCCUCGCCAUCAUUAGAAAACAGAGAGAGGAGGCAGCGAGAAAGAAAGAAGAGGAGAAAAAAGCAAAAGAAGCAGCGGCAGCAGCGACUAGAGGAGUAAACUCGCUGUCACUGAAAUGAUGCCGAGUAUCUGAAGCGUUUUCACUUGCUCAUGGACUGAAGCAAUAUAUCUUUGACUAUUUUUUAAAGGAAGACCUAUGAAGAGUAUUUGACACUUACUGUAACAUGUGUCCUUUGGAGGAGACACCAGUGAAGAGGGGUUGUGUAUAUUUUGGCAUGGAAUAACAGCCUCGUUCCUUCCAGGGAGUAAAGCUACAAUUGACAUCAAAUUCACGUAAACUUGGGAUGAACCGCUCGACAUUAAUUUUGGGAAACUCAUUGUACAAUUCCAACUUUCCUAACUGAGCUUUACAAAUAUGUUGUUUUUUGUUUUGUUUCUUUGGAUCUUACAUUGUAUAUAACAGACACAUGAAAAUAUUUCAGAUUAAUAAGAUGAAACAGUGAAAUGUCUGUUCAUUUAUUUGCUUUACAACUAUGACAUGGUUCAGAGUGGGCUUUCGUAACUUCAGGUGCGAGAGUCCACGCCGAGUCCGCUGAUGUGGACAUCAGUAUUUAGAUGUUUGCUUUAUGGAACCGGGCAGUUCACGGCAUGCUUUAAAGCAGCAUUCACAGGGAUGAAAGUCAUUUUAAAAAUUGAGCAGUGAUCUGUGAAUUUGAUAAGUUAAAUGAGGAAAAAUAUAUAUAUUUUUUUUUUGUGUGUGUGUUUUGGUUUUGGUCAUUAGUUGAUGGCAAAAAAAUACCUCCUGAGGUGUGGUUGGUCUAAUGCCUGUAAGAGUUUCUGAAACCUCAUCUACGGCCCGUGGAGCAUUAUGAGCAUUUAAUAAAAGAUUUAACAGGUGUCCCAGUUUCCACACUAUUACACACCAUGAGAAAGCUAAUGGCAUGAUGGGUUCAGCAUUUGUACAAGUAAAUGUGCAUGUAUGUUGGCGUGGCUAACAAGUUUAUCAUCAAACCAUGAGGCCAUGAAGAAAUAAACAAGUUCAAAAAGGUUUUAGUGUAACCCUUUGUUGCUACUAAAUUAUUUUCUUGCAAUAAAUUAACUUGCACUCAAA